GUUGAAAAGAUCGACAGAUUUGUGGGAGACACUGUUACCGGAGAUUACUUGCCAAACGACUUCUUCAUCGUCCGCGUCGUCAGAGACAAGGAGGAGGGCGCAUGGUAUUGGUAUUAUCCUGAUUCUCUAGUGCCGAACCACAACAAUCGAGUCUCUUUUAAAAGCCUUUUGGACGAGGUAUUAUUUCCGGAGUCAGCACAUACGCAGCUCGACAAGAUUCAGCGAGCCGAGGUAAGGCCAAAGGAUGACAAGAUACAUGAUUGACAAGCAUAUAGCGUAUCAACGACAUCUACACUCAGCGACCUCAUCUCGAUGAGACCACGUUAACCGUUGGUGAUUUUGCUGCGUACCUUAAACGAUUGAUGUUCAAAGAGCAUUACAUUGAGCAUCGCUUUGAUUUACUGUUCGCUGGUAGAGAUGAACUGGUUGCCCACGACUUGCCAAUCAGCGCUGUCUGGUCAGACCCUACUUGUGGAAGGCGUUCAGCGCACGAUCGCCUUCCUUUGCGGAUGAUUUAUGGCAAGACCCAGGAAGAGAUGGAAUGCUACCCGCCGUAUCGCUUGCAUCCGAAUGUCUUCAUCGACAAAAACCAGUACGCACACGAUAUAAGCAGUCAAGUACAUGGUGGGUCUGACCCCAAACCGCUUCAACCACUCAUUUCUGCUCAAUACGUUGCGGCCUGGCAGAAACACGUCGUACGCGAGAUGUCUUUUAAAUGGGAUGGUGUCGCAUAUGAGGAUUGUCCCGUAACUGUCGCGUUGGCUGUCUGUUGCGAUACAAGCACGUCCAUGACUUCCUCUGCUCGUUCGUUCAUCAAAAACCUGGAAGGCAACGUCCUCCUCGAAACACUUGUAGGGCUUUACCUCGCGCCUGAUGACACAGCAAGCAUCGCAGAAAGAGCCGAGGCAAUCAACAAGGUCUACCUUUUGCGACCCUACUUUGAUGAAACACAACUUUCGAUCGAAGAUCUCACUUUUAUCUUCGAGCGCGCCUUGCCCAGUACGAGUGUGACAGUCAUCCAUCCUGGGCAUGGUCGACCCUACCCCGGAUCCAUGUCCGUGAUUGAUGCGCAGCAAUGCCUCGUCAAGGAAAACGAGUUUCUAGAAUCCCAGGCUGCAAGUGGCUUCUUUCCAAGGCGAUUUGUUUACAAGGAUACGUGGCGAAGUAGCGCUUUGACCAUUAAACUGUGUCAGAUGAUCAGUCCGUGUGUCGAACCAGUACUACUGUCAAGAAGAGGCUCGAGCCCUGAGUCAGUCAAGUCAGAUGAUACUGUGGAAAAACAAGCUCGAAAAACAUACCGACCUCUUUCAGGCAACGGCGGGCAAAUUACUUCGGGAAACCUGCGUCAUCGCGAUUCGAGGAGGACUUAAAUUCGAUCGAUUGGUGCUCGUUGUCACGUCGCAACAGAACUUCAAGCCACACAAGCAAGAUAUGGCGACUUGGUUCGACAAUGACAAUUUCUUUCGCCAUGAUUGCGAUUUUUGAUUGCUCUAAAGUUGCCCGGACAACAGCCUGUUUCUUUGUCCGCUUUGG